AUGAAAGUGAAUAGUACCGAUGCUGAUGCUGAUGGUGCUGGUGGUGAAGAGAGGAAAAUAGACAGAAGAGACUCGGCAUCGUCGCCAACUUAUACUACAAUCUUUCAUCUCAUUAUUUCAUGCGAUGUCACUUCGAUAAGCAGCCGCGGUGAUGCUUUCGGCAUCAACAAGGAGUGGGUCCAGAUUCAUCAUCGUGAGAUCUUGGCGGCGGAGGAUUACGAAUGCAAUGAAAAUUCGAUUUUAACUGUGUCGAUCACGGUUCUAUGCGCAGUUGCGCUGUUCCUAAAAUGGAUCCUUGUCCGCACAAUGGGGACCUUGUCCGCUCAAUGGGGCCGGCGUGCGCAGUCGUCCAGCCUCGAAGCUAAUGACAGGGGCCGCCCAUACCGUUACAACUACCGGACGGCCUCCCAACGAAUCACAGCUUCCAUAUAA